AUGAAUCCCUACGUACUUAUAAUCCUAAUUUCAAGCUUAGGAAUUGGAACAACCCUAACAUUUAUAAGUUCCCACUGACUACUCGCCUGAAUAGGUUUAGAAAUUAAUACCCUAGCCAUCAUCCCCCUCAUAGCACAACAACACCACCCACGAGCAGUAGAAGCCACAACCAAAUACUUUUUAACACAAGCUACAGCUGCAGCCAUAAUUUUAUUUGCCAGCACCACUAAUGCCUGAAUGACAGGAGAAUGAAACAUUCAACAACUCUCCCACUCCCCAUCCACAACCCUAGUCACAUUCGCUUUGGCCCUAAAAAUUGGACUUGCCCCCAUACACUUCUGAAUACCAGAAGUAAUACAAGGCCUAGACCUAACUACAGGACUUAUUAUAGCUACAUGACAAAAACUAGCACCAUUUGCCAUCAUCUAUCAAAUCAGCUCCACAACAAACCCAACCUUACUAACUACUCUAGGUAUUCUAUCCACACUAGUUGGAGGAUGAGGGGGACUGAACCAAACACAAUUGCGAAAAAUUUUAGCCUACUCAUCCAUUGCUCACAUAGGCUGAAUAAUUAUUAUUCUCCAAUUUAUACCAAAACUUACCCUCCUUAACUUAAUAAUUUACAUUAUCAUAACCUCCGCAAUAUUCAUAAUAUUUAAAUACAACAACGCAACAAAAAUCAAUUACCUAACACUAACAUGAUCAAAAUCCCCAGUACUAGCAACCCUGACCAUACCAAUGCUCUUAUCACUAGGAGGCCUACCACCACUAACCGGAUUUAUACCAAAAUGACUAAUCCUACAGGAACUAACUAAACAAAAUUUAGCCAUUACAGCCUCAAUUAUAGCCCUCGCCACCCUACUAAGCCUAUUUUUUUAUCUACGACUAUGCUAUGCAAUAACCCUUACACUAUCCCCAAAUACCACCAAUACAUCAUCAACUUGACGAAUUAAAUCACCCCAAAUAACAAUACCCCUAGCUACAAUUUCAACACUUACUAUUAUACUUCUACCAAUUACCCCUACCAUUUUCUCGCUAAUUAUAU